GAUUGGCCAACUAUCGCGAGGGCGGGACCUCGAUUGGGGGCUGGCCGGCAAUCUGGGUCUUGUGCCUCUGGCUCCUCAGGGUAUUCCCGGCGGCUCCGGGUUUGGCGACAAGGACGGGGGAGUGCGACUGCGUCUCGGGCAGCAUGGCCGAGAAGCGGCACACACUGGACUCCGAAGCCCAGCGGCUCCCCGACUCCUUCAAGGACAGCCCCAGUAAAGGCCUUGGACCUUGCGGAUGGAUUUUGGUGGCGUUCUCAUUCUUAUUCACAGUUAUAACUUUCCCAAUCUCAAUAUGGAUGUGCAUAAAGAUUAUAAAAGAGUAUGAAAGAGCCAUCAUCUUUAGAUUGGGUCGCAUUUUACAAGGAGGAGCCAAAGGACCUGGUUUGUUUUUUAUUCUGCCAUGCACUGACAGCUUCAUCAAAGUGGACAUGAGAACUAUUUCAUUUGAUAUUCCUCCUCAGGAGAUCCUCACAAAGGAUUCAGUGACAAUUAGUGUGGAUGGUGUGGUCUAUUACCGUGUUCAGAAUGCAACCCUGGCUGUGGCAAAUAUCACCAAUGCUGACUCAGCGACCCGUCUUUUGGCACAAACUACUCUGAGGAAUGUUCUGGGCACCAAGAACCUUUCUCAGAUCCUCUCUGACAGAGAAGAAAUUGCACACAACAUGCAGUCUACUCUGGAUGAUGCCACUGAUGCCUGGGGAAUAAAGGUGGAGCGUGUGGAAAUUAAGGAUGUGAAACUACCUGUGCAGCUCCAGAGAGCUAUGGCUGCAGAAGCAGAAGCGUCCCGUGAGGCCCGCGCCAAGGUUAUUGCAGCCGAAGGAGAAAUGAAUGCAUCCAGGGCUCUGAAAGAAGCCUCCAUGGUCAUUACUGAAUCUCCUGCAGCCCUUCAGCUCCGGUACCUGCAGACACUGACCACCAUUGCUGCUGAGAAAAAUUCAACAAUUGUCUUCCCUCUGCCCAUAGAUAUGCUGCAAGGAAUCAUAGGGGCAAAACACAGCCAUCUAGGCUAGUGUAGAGAUGAGCGCUACCCUCCCAAGCAUGAGGUGGGGGACCAAAUUAGCCUUUAACUCAUAGAGAGGGUAGGGCUUUUCCUUUUCCAUAUGUCAAAUGUGGUGUUCCCAGAAUGUAUAGCAGUUACAAAAAUAGGUGAAAGAAUUGUUAGCUUGUAAAUACCAAGAGAUUGGUGAUUUAUAUAAGGUAAUCUGUUAGUCUUAAAAUAGUUAAAAAUUUGUAUUUUUAGAUUAUUAUGUAGUAGGUUAGAUCCCUCUUGUUUUGACUUCCACUGACUCAUUCUGAACCCCCUAAGCACCCAGGCCAGAGGCAAGAACCUGGGCUGUAACUGCCACCUGACACCGCUGACUGGAUAAAUGCUUUGCGGAAAGUGAUGACCUUACACCACAACCAGCUUCUCUAGGUCAUAUGUGCCUUACCUCCAGAGAGUCUUUUUUUUUUUUUUUUUUUUUUUUUGAGAUGGAGUUUCACUCUCGUUGCCCAGGCUGGAGUGCAGUGGCAUGAUCUCGGCUCACUGCAACCUCCACCUCUCGGGUUCAAGAGAUUCUCCUGCCUCAGCCUCCCCAUAGCUGGGAUUACAGGCUCAUGACACCAUGCCCAGCUAAUUUUUGUAUUUUUUUUUUUUUUUUUUUUUUUUUUAGUAGAGAUGGGGUUUCACCAUGUUGGCCAGGCUGGUCACAAACUCCUAACCUCGGGUGAUCCACCCACCUCUGCCUCCCAAAGUGCUGGGAUUACAGGCAUGAGCUACCACACCUGGCUUGGAGAGUCUUAAUUAAGGAAAUUUCCCUAAUGUUCAUUUAUUUUCUAAAUCCAGACCAUGUUUCAGAAUAAUCCUUACUUGAGAGUAGCCAUUUUCUUGCCCAUACUUGUCAGAACUAGAGGAAAUAGCCAAAACUAAUGAAAAAGAUUACUCUAACCCUUCAAAGACUUUUAAAUUCACUACUAUAGUGGUCAUUUUAAAAAUACAUCCAUGUUUUAACUUAUUUGAGCCUUCUAAAUGAUUCCUCUGUGUUCUGUCUUUCAAACCAGCUAAAUAUUUGUCACAAAAGUGCUUUUUUCUCACUGUUGCCUAUUUUCUAUGUCAGGUUUUAAACAGUUUUAAUUUUGUAAUAAAAUUUUCUCUACAUUCUAUAUGCAAUUGUUAUAUAUCCAUUUGAAUAGCUUAAGGACUAAUAGUCCUAAUAGCUUAAGGACUAAAAUACUUUUUUAAGAGAUAACUUCAGGAAACCAUUAUAUUUUACUAUCUGCAUGCUGUUAACUGUGGUACACUGUGAAAUAUGUUGAUUACAAACCCAUUCAUUACAUAGUAUAAGGAAUUCACAAUAUAUUGACUAUAUAAUGUCUAAUGAUCUUGGGCAGAUACUGUCAAACUUACAAUAUCUAUAUAGAUGUAGAUCUUUUUCAAUUUACCUAGUCAUUCUUCUGUCAUGUAUAUUGAUGCUGAAAGAGGAACUGGUCAGCUCCUCUGGACAACAAAUUCUUAGUCUAUAAUAUUAGGAGACAUCUUCUGUUUGGCAAAUGUCUAUGAAUCGGAGCAACCUGGCAUUCUGCUUACUGGCCAGAAAGCUGGCGGGUGACAUUUGUAACUUUUCCUCUUUGAGACUCUGAGUUCACCUAGAGAAGUCUAAGCAUAACAGCUUUCUUUCCCAGCAUGAGCCUUUAUAACUCUCCUUAGCUCAACCACUCUGUCCAUCCAGCCAAUGGAUGUCCCUUCCCCUGUACCCCAAUUUCAAGCUUAUUUUAGGAAGCCUUGAACUACCAUGUAUCCUGGCUCCUAGCUGAGUUUAUUAGAGGUAUGGAGCAGUGCAACUUAAACUCAAGUUGCACUUACAUUUUGAAUUUUAAAAUGAUGGUUUUAUCUGUUGUGUGAAGUGGCUCACCCUUAAGGACCAGGAGGCUCCAUAUCCUGACUGAAAAUCUUUUCUGAGACUUAGAGUAAUAGUGCUUUUGGUUCCUUGAGUUCUCCUGUCUCCAGAUACCAAAUGACCUUGACUUUUCUGCCUUGUGAAUUCAUAGUCCAAUAGGUUGAAAUUAAAUCACUUGGGAGGGAUGCGUAGAAGGAGCUCUAGGAACACAGUGCCAGUGCAGAAGUUUUUCCAGGUGGCCUCCCUUUCCAACAAUGUACAUAAUAAAGUAUAUGCACUUUCACUAAUAUUUUUGGGGUGAGAGUCUGUUUCGGCCUGUGUUGAAUGUAUGUGGAUUUCCGUUUUCAGAAGUAGUACAUUAGAUCCUCCGGUUCUGAGCUGGCUGGUUGACUUCUUCGUGUGCUUUGUGGGCCAGGGGAAGGGGACAGGCUGCUGUGGGCCAUCUGCUGUCUCCCAGGUCCAGGCACCCUCUGGUGCACUGGCCCACACAUUUUCCCUGGGGAGUUUAGAGAUCCACACACACCCUCCACCACCACUAAGCUUUAACUGACUUCAUUUUCUUUUGUUUUCCUCCAAACGGGACAGGAACCCACUUCUUGCUGUCACCCAGUUAAUCACAUAGACAUAGCCUUUACUUAAAAAGAAAGAAAUAGUGAUAAAAAACCAAUGUGUUUUACCUGCAACAUCUGACAGAACUGUCUUGAAUUAGUGGCUGCCAUUUGGGAGCACCAGUCACUCAGCUCUGUGCAGAAAUACGUGUAUGUACCUUCUAUCAUUUUAUCUCAAAAUGGUUUGAUAGACACUUUAUUAUCACCAUUUUGUAGAUGAGGACACUGAGGCUCAAAGGUUAAAACAGCCAAAGUCACAUGGUUGGAAAGGAACAGAGCUGGGAUUCAAACCCACAUCUGUCUAAUACCAAAGAUUUGUGAGGUGUAUCAGUGUAUCUUCAUGUGACACUGCCUGCCUCUAGUGCCCCCAUCCACACACGACCACCACCACUUUGUAGAUAGAUCACAACUUUUCCCAAGACUAUCAAAGUUCAUUUGUCUUUACAUUCACACCUAACCAGGCCCUAAACUUAAACUUUUGUUUUGGGCCAUCCGAUUCAGCCAAAGUUCAUUAUAAAAAGAGGAGAGUCAAUUGGGCAUUUUUUGUUUGAUUGUUUGUUUGUUUGUUUUGAGAGGAAGUCUCGCUCGUCACCCAGGCUGGAGUGCAAUGGUGUGAUCUUGGCUCACUGCAACCUCUGCCUCCUGGGUUCAAGAGAUUCUCCUGCCUCAGUCUCCCGAGUAGCUGGGAUUACAGGCGCAUGCCACCACGCCCGGCUAAUUUUUGUAUUUUUAGUAGAGACAGGGUUUCACCAUGUUGGCCAGGCUGGUCUCGAACUCCUGACCUCAGGUGAUCUGCCCACCUCGGCCUCCCAAAGUGCUGGGAUUACAUGUGUGAGCCACUGUGCCUGGCCCGAUUGGGCAUUUGUAACCACAAAUAUCAUAACACACUGUCCUGAGCAGGAGGAAACCCAGUGUUCCAUAGACUUUCAGCUUAUGUAGCCUUUUAAAAUAUAUCAUUUCUUGUGAUACUCACAAACCUGGUCUCACAGUUACUUGGCUAGUAAAUAGUGAAUCAAGUGCCCUUUCCUCUUACUUUCAGCAGUAAACCCCUUUUUUCAAAGGUAACUGCAUCGGUAAAAGGUUUACAGUGUCUUUUGCCAGGAUAAAUUCUUGAGUUCACAUUUAUAACAUUUACUGAAUAUAAAGUAACUCAAUGAGAACAAUGAGGCUGUUUUGAAAAACAAUAUUAGAGUUAUGAAAGAGUUCCAAUCUUAUAUUCAGAGUCUACAUUCUAUUUCUCCAUUUUGCUUGUCUGUUUUUAUUACCACUUUAAACAUGGAAUUUGAAUCUAAUGUUUAUAAAAUCACAGAAGCACCUCAUAGAAUUCUACAUAUUUCUGUUUGAAAAUCACUGCUCUGGAAUGCUUUCCUUGCUAUAGCAUCCACCUUAUAAUGUGACCUUGGAUAAGUCAUAUGAUCUCUCAGCCUCAUUUUCCUCACCUGUAAAACAAGGAGAUUAUAGUCCAGCUGUUUGGGUCUCAGACCUUUUGAGAAUGUGUUGGAAGCUACAGAGCUUCGUCCGAAAACUGCACAUAGUGUGCACAACACAAAUGUGGAUCCUUUGGGGGUACACUGGCCCCACUCCCAAACCUAUCCAAAGACUUAAGAAAUCCUGGGCUAGAUCAUGUCUAAGAUCCAACUACAAAGCUAUGCAGUUACCUGAAGAGUUUUUACUUUAUAGGAACCAAGAAGGCUGCAAAAGGAACCACGGUUGAAUGCCAGCACUGUGCAAGACACUUUACACAUCUUUUUUCAUGUCCAUUCAUAAUCUCAUUUGGCUGUGUUGACCAGGCCACAGGAAAAUCCCCGGGGAUAUUAGUGAUGAUCUCUUCCUGUGAUGUUGUUAACAUCAGGUCUACAGCAGACCCAGGCUCAGAUCAAGGUAGGAUUUGCCUAAACCAGUCAUACUUGCUAAUAGGAUACAGCCCCUUUCAAUCUACCCUUUCAAUCUACCCUGUAGCCAGAAGAGUUUAGUAAGAAAGGAAAUUGAAGCCGCUGUUAAGACUGUGGUUUUACAAUAAACUCUAGAAACAUAGUAAUCAUAAUGUAGGCUGCAAAUCUUCCCUAAAAGAUUCCGGGGGGAAAUGACUGGAAAUUGAGCACUCUGAAAAUUACAGGAUGCCACAGAACUGUAAGGAGCCAUUAACUUUUAAUUUUCCGCAUCUGGCCCCCAGAAGUCUCCAGCAAAAUGGCGGUCUACCCAGCAUCCAUUUAUCUCCUCCCUCCUUCCUAGGAGCCAUGACUUUGUUCAGAUACCUCCCCUGAGAGCUCUGACCUCAGGAGAAGAAUUCACCCCCAUCCGCUAGGAUGAACCUAACUGGUCUAUGAAUAAUUCCAUCCUUCUAGCCCAUGAUUCCAUCAGGAAUGAUUAUGUGACCCAAUAUGGGCUCUUGAGACCUGACGAAAGGUUUUCCGUGGACUUGGGAGCAGUUCCUCCUCCCUUUUCUGAAAACUUUUCUAGAAACAGUCCUCUUUUCCUCUGGGCAUUGCUGUUCAUGGGUGUGGAGCAACCAGAACACCUACAGAUAUUUUACUACCAGACUAGCGAGGGCCAAGAGAAUGAGCAGGAAACUCAGGCCCACUAGGUUUAGUCAACCACGAAGGCCCCCUCAACUCUGAACUGAUUAUGUAUGACAGCACAUAAGUGUGCUUACGGUUUAAUUUGGUUUGAGUUAGCUCUCCACUGCUUACAGCCAAAAACAUCCUUUCUGAUCCACAGUACAUUGGGUCUUUGCCUCCACGGAUGAAUACUAGGUUCUGCUGUGGCCUAGGUGCUUUCAUUAUUUUUAACCAUUUUUGAGCACUUACGAUAGGCCAAACAUUGUGCUAAGCAUUACCUCCCUUAAUCCUCAUGAGAAUUCUAAGUGGGGGAACACUGUUCUUAUUCCCAUUUUUCAGCUAAGGAAAUGGCAAAGAACUUAAAAUCACACUGCCAAUGAGUGGUAGAGCUAGAUUGGAACCCAGGUCUGACUCCAAAAGCCAGCUAUUAGCCACUAUCUUAUACCACUUCCAGCUAGGUAUUAAUACAACAUUACCAUUUUGCAGGUGGGUAACUUGAGUCUCCUGAAGUUUCUUUUAAGUAUUAUGUCUAUAAUGCCUUGCACAAAGUAAGUACAAAAUAAAUAUCUGUUCAACUGAAUUGCCCAAGAUUGGACACAGGAUCCAAGCCUAGCGUUGUCCCUCUGGCAUCUGUCUCAUUAUUUCACAGUGAUUUUUCCAUUGUAGGAGAUGAUGACGUCUGCGACUGUUAGAAAGAUAAAAUGUGUGGUUGAAGUGAUAGUGCUCUUGAUUGGCUUUUCUGCCUUUGAGAGAAAAAUAAGAAGUCAGCAUCUCAGUGGCCCCAGGCUGUUUUCUUUCUCAGAGCAUUGCACAACUCUUUGGAGGCCACGGCCAUACCCUUGAAUGCCAGUAUAAACUGAAAUGAAGAAUUAAUGGGCAGGUCUACCUGAAAUUUUACCUCCCACAAAUUUCUAGGAAAUAAGCCAGCUCUGUCCAGACAGGCCUCUACCUGCCUGUCGUGAAAGCCCUAGAAGCUUUGGGUGGUAAAUGCCACUUCUGUACCAGGACUUUGUCAAGUUGAUUGCUUUGACCAUGAAAGCAAACCUUUGGGGGUAGGCAAGGCAGGCAUUAUGGGAUCAAGUCCAAACCCUUGCUAUGGCAUUCAAAGCCCCAGCCUGCUUCUCAGCUCAGAGGCCUGCCACUCCAGGCCGCUGUCUGUCCCUGAGCACGCUGUUCCCCUCACAGCCCCCUGCCUGUACUUGCUGCACCCUCUGCCUGAAAGUGACUUGAUCUUCCCUCCAUGUUUCAUCCAGAAAAUUUCUUCUCCACUACCCUCAACACUUCUGCGAUGAAUCAAUCUCUGGAGGAACGGCCCUUGGGGAAUCCAUGCUUUUAAAAAGUGUCCUGGGCAAUUUGGGUGAUCAGCCAGCUUUGGAGACAACAGUGUAAACACACACACACACACACACACACACACACUCACAGCCUGCCCAUCAUUUAAGCCCUCAUGCUGGUUUCUGUUCUUUUACAGUCAUAUGCUUGGGACCUUUCACAUCAUAACUCAAUGGGGAUGGAAUGGUGGUGGGAGGUGACACAGAACAAGGGGGGGAAAACAAGGCGAGAAGAGACCAAAAGAACAGAGGGAGAGGACUGGGGAAUGUCCUCCAGCAGGUUCCUUGGACUGGUUUAGAAUCUCCCAGGAGAAAAGAUUAUGAAACAACAUAGAAGUCUCCAAGAGGGACUGUGUGACAUGCUGAGCAUGAGUAGAGAGUCAGGACCCAGGGGACCAAGAAGGCACAGAAGAGUCCCUUUCCCAUACCCUGAAGACCAUAAACUUUGAGAGCAUCUGGGGGCAGCUCUUGUGAUGGCAGCUGCUGCAGUGAUUUCUCCACAUAGCUUUGGGGCAGCAGAAUGAAUCUGUGGGAACCAGAGGUAGCAAGGAAGGUCCAAGCAGCUGCUACAGGAUGUGGCAGCUAUGAGGAUGCACCCUGCCUGCUUUCUACUGCAGGGCAUAUAAUUGAUAAGGGCUCUGGCUGCUGGCUUUGAACUUCAUCCCACAUGUGUCCCAAGGCCAGGCCUCCCAAAGACUGAGUGCAGGGGGCAGAUAAGGCACGCCUGCUUACGAGAGACACACGAUUCCUUUGCUGGCUGACUUUGACUCUGGCUCAAGAACACUUUGAAUCGAACGGGCUGCUCAUGUUCAUAGCAGCCUUAAGCAUAAUAGCCAAAAGGCACAAAUAACAAAGAGUCCAUUGAUGGCUGAAUAAACCAGAUGUGGUAUAGACAUGCAGUCGAAUAUUACUCAGCCACAAAAAGGAGUGAAAAGUUGAUAUAUGCUACAACACGGGUAAGUCUUGAAAACAUUCUGCUAAGUGAAAUAAACCACACACAGAGGACAAAUGUUGUAUGAUUCCACUUAUAUGAGGUCCCUGGAAUAGUCAAAUUCUGAGACUGAAAGUAAAAUACAGGUUACCAGGGGCUGGCGAAUAGGGAAGAAUGGGGAAUUAGUAUUUAAUGGGCAGAGCAUUUAUAUUGGGGAUUAUCAAAAAGGUUUGGGUACAGAGAGUGCUGAUGGCUACACAACACUGUAUAUGCAAUGUUACUGAAAUACACACUUACAAAUGGUUAAAAUAAACUCUGUUAUGUACAGUUUGCCACAAUAAAAAACAACAAAAAUGGGACUAUACCAUUAAAUUUAAAAAGAACACUGAAUUUGGCUUUGGGACUGCCGACAAGCUUUGCCAAAUCUUCCUGGAUUAAAUAAAUGACCACUAAGACACUUCCGCACAACCUUCUCUCCCUUUUUUCUCCACCUAGGGUCAGACUUGCGUCUAGGGUCUGAUGGCUCUCCCAGUCUUCCUUGGUUCCCCACCUGUUUCCUUUCUUUUGAGACAGAAUCUCGCUCUGUCACCCAGGCUGGAGUGCAAUGGCGCAAUCUCAGCUGACUGCAACAUCUGCCUCCUGGGUUCAAGAGAUUCUCCUGUCUCAGCCUCCCGAGUAGGUGGGAUUACAGGCGUGUGCCACCACUCCUGGCUAAUUUUUUAUUUUUAGUAGAGACAGGCUUUCACCAUGUUGGCCAGGCUGGUCUCGAACUCCUGAUCUCAGGUGAUCUGCCUGCCUCGGUCUCCCAAAGUGCCAGGAUUACAUGUGUGAGCCACCGUGCCCGGCCCCUCCCUAUUUCCUUUCGCAUAGGUAUCCCCCAAGACAAUCUAUACACCUCUCAACUCACUGUGGCAUCGCCUCAGGGCACCAGGAUUCACACACAGGGUGGAUGUAGCUUUUCUACUAGUUUACAGGCAAAUGCUAGGCACCUCUCUGGGCAUUCUCAGAAUUACCAGGGACACAGGCAGAGAAGAUGCUGGCUCUCACUGUCAGAUGGGCACAAGGAAACGAGCCACACUAGAGUACACACUUCAAAAUGUUUUCAUUGACUUUGAUUUCCCAAACACCGACAUUUUAGACAAUUUUGCAAGGACUUUGAAUUUUUGCUGGGCUAUUUUUGGAUACUGUAAAAAAAAAAAAAAAAAACGAAACAGAA